GCGAGGUCCCCUCUCAUGCGAGUCGAUCUGAGAAGUUGUUAGACUCAAUGCAUUUUUGACAAUUUGCUUUCACAGAAGUACACUGCUCACAAAAGUACACUACAUUGUGACGACAACACAUACACCCCCCCCCCAGCACCCCUCCACACGCACAAGGCGGAAAAAUGUCCGACUCCGAAGAACGAGACGACAGCGACAUGACUGAAGAUGAGGAUGAUGAACUCUUCGAAGUCAGUGAUCGCAGGCAAAGGCUGACAGCUGCGCUAAAAUGGAUCACGACCGCCAUCGAGAAACGGCCCGUGGAGAAAAUUCGAGCCGCAGGAUCGUCGAAGAAAGCCAAAGCCAAAAUCACAGAAGAAGACGUGGAUCAAUUUUUCCAGAUAUACUCGGACCUCACGGACAACAACAACGAAGAUACACCAACAAUACUCAAUGAAGUCGUCAACCUCGUGCUUUCCAACAUGGAGGCAAGCAUCGACCAAGGCUCGGUCAAAGCACUGGUGCAAAGGCUCGCCAAGCAGUGUACGCAUUUCUUGUGCAUUCGCAAUGAUGAGCAACAGAACCCACUCUAUUUGGCCAUCGUGAAAAAGAAGAAAUAUCUGGUGGAUUACAUGGUAAUGAGCUGCCCAGAGGACGACAGAGGAACAAAGUGUCUGGUCGAAGCCCUUGAGGACACUCGGGCCAACGAAAAACGCAAAAAUUGUCUGCAUUUGGCCUUGGAGAUGGACAUGAAGCCUGCCACACUCCUGAAAAUGGUUAACGUCGCCAGCACCAAGGCACUAGAAGCCGUGGACACGACGGGCAGACGCCCCAUGCAUUACGCAGUCCAGUACAAGAACUGCAACGUGGACGUCAUUCGCAGAUUCAUCGAUAGAGAUCAACAGCUGGUCAUGGAUCAAGGGUCAACUUUUCCAAGUCCACCAACCAGUACCUUCCUGGACAUGAAUGAAAAGACCAAGGCCUCGGUCUAUCAGCAGCAUAUUUCAUCGGCGGCAGCGCACAUCGACGAACGAAACUCCAAUCAAGAUAUACCAGACCACCACCACACGAAACGAGGAGGUUUGUCGACGGUGGGGGACGGCAGAGGCAACCGAGCUCCAAGAGAUGAGGCAGCUCGAGGAAUUGAGCCCAUCACGAAGAGAAAAGCUACACCCAAGGUGGAAUCUAAGCCCAACAAUCAGGCAGCCCACCCUGCACUGGCCAACCCUGUUGCUGCGUCUCGCGAUUCCAAGGGUGUAUCAACUCGGACGGGGAGGCCGAGGGACCGAGAUUGGGAUAGAAGAAUGAGCGAUGAUGAUGAUACACAGGAUCAGCUAGAGCUAGUCCGCGAAUUGCUGAAACAACAGGAAGCGGAAGCCAGAAGAGAAGCGCUGGAACAGAACGCAGGUAUUAGAGACGCAAGCAAAGAUCGACGAAUGCUAGACCACGGGGUUAUCCGGGACGCUCUUCGCAUCCAGACAGCUUUUCCCUCCGGGUUUGUGGAAAAUCCGAGUAAUGAAGUUGCAGCCAACACCCCAAAGCCGCUCAGACGAGUGCCAACGAUGCGGGUGGGGAUUACGGAUAGCAGGUCAGGCUCGAAGACGAGACGAGCUCCUGCCGUCACCAAGAAGCCCCCGAAACCUGUGGACCAUGAGGCUGCGGCUCGCAAUUCAAAAACUGUGCUUCGAAUGCUAAAGUUGCAUUACAUGAGGACGAGGAGCAUCGAGGUAGCCACAUCGUGGCUAUACGGCACGAACCCACAAGAUGUACAAACAUGCUUCGAACAACCCAGGCUUCCCAUUGAGCUUAAAGCCGCUAUGUUCGAAAAAGCCUUUCAAAACACUAAAUUUGACGACGUCCUCAAAUUUGUACACUUUCCGAAUGUCAAGGUCAUUCCACAGAAGACUGCCAAGUCCAAAUCCCAGCAGCCCUGUGAUGGAAUCGGCCGGUUGGACAUGAAGUUCUUCUUCAACUUUUUGUACGGCAAGGGAGUUCGUUCCAUCUUAAAGGUGUUUGUUGAAGAAGGUGGACAGGCUGUUCACUCUGAUGCAGCCAUCAAGCAUGCCCUGAGCCGAUUUUCAGUGGAACAUCUGGACUGGCAGAAGAUCGACUUGGAUCCUGAAAUCAUCCGUGGUAUCGGCGGCGAGGCAGAAUACAGUCUGGAAAAGACCAAAACCGGGGAAUUCAGUUUCAGAAAUCAACUGAGGACUUUGGACUUGCACUGGAGUGGAACUAGCGCAGUCUUGCGAGCAUGGAGUGAGCCUGAAGGGCUACCAUCCCUUCCUCACCUUAGUACUGUCAAUAUCAUCAUACCUGACUCCGUUGUUCUGUACGACUCCACCGAAUACAUCCAGGCCAGGGUGGAUGAAUUUGAGGAGCGCCUGAAUAAACACACCGUUUCCAGGAGAACUCGAGAGGAACUUCCUCCAUUGGCCUCGACGACAAAUCAAGGCAAGAUCAUUGUCAAUUUGGACGGUCUGAAACUAGCUUCGGUGAACAAAGGAUUCUCGAGGUUGCCUCAGUCCGGGACAACACAAGGUCGAACAGCCAAAUCAGUGAUAGAGAAAGUGAUCAACACGCACGAGUGGCUGACCACUAUCGACGCGUUCGCAACGAGUAUCAACGAAAUUUGGAAGUCGACGCGAGACGCCUACUUCAUCAGCAUCGGCGUGCCUCCCGACAAGAUUGCUGAUCACAUUCACUCAACGACUGCUCAUACUCACAGGCCAGGAAGGCUUUCCUGUCCUGAGGAUGAAGUUGUUGUGGCACUCAUAGAUGACGGUGUUUCACUAUUAGAUCAGCAGUUUGUUGGUCGAGUCCUGGAAGGUAAGAGUUUUGACUACGACAACGGGGUCAUUGGGCAACCAUACAACUCAGCACGUGGCCACGGGACUGAAAUGGCGAGGAAUAUCCUCAGGGUGUGUCCGAUGGCCAGGAUUUAUCCGAUUCGUUUGAAAGUACAGGAUUCGGUCGACCGGACAAAGACCGAAAUCAAUCUGAGAUCAGCUGCAAUGGCAAUUUAUGCUGCUUUGGAAAAGAAUGCCACCAUAAUAUCCAUGUCUUGGACAAUUCCAAUUCCCAGGGACCCCGACCCAGCGCAAAAGCUGUUUGAGGAUGCAGUUCGCGAGGCUUGCAGGCGAAAUGUUCUCAUGUUUUGCAGCUCGCCGGAUGGGGGCCAGUUUGUAAACAUCAUGGAUUACCCAUCCGCGGUGCAGCGUGACAAGAUGUUUCGCAUCGGUGCAGCACAUGACUACGGCUCGGCAUCUGAGAGCACAGACAGGGGUGUGGAUUACAUCCUUCCGGGUGUAAAUGUGAAUACCAACACCACCACCCCCGCCACGGGAUCGAGCGUCGCAACAGCGUUGGCUGCGGGGCUGGCUGCGACCAUCAUCUAUUGCUUCAAAAUCAGCGCGCUGGCGGCUAAGACGCAAACUCACACGAUGACUUCAGAGGAUAUCGCGCGCCGGAACGACAGGGAACAACGGCUCCAGAAGAUCUCCAAUCAUGCAGAGAUGAAGAAUGCUUUCAAUUCCAUUGGCACGGUUACUCCCUCAAAGUUCAUUCAAGUAUGGGAGGUAUUGGACACAGUGGUGGAAAACAUUGAGAGUUCUCAGAGUGAAGCGCACAAGGAUGCGAAGGUCCAAGCUAUUAAUGACCUCUGUAUAAAGAUGAUGUGGGCUCCUAGUCGUGUCUAGUAUUCCUAUUGUCUCAAUGGCCGUUAGUACCAGCCCUAGAUACAAAUUAUAAUAAUAAGUACCUCUCCCUUAAAA